AUGCAGACAAGCUAUCUGUAUCCGGAAGCUGCGAGUACAGCGUCGAGCUCCAUCUCGGGCAUGUCGACGCGCUCGUGUGCACUCAUCGACACCGUCUAUGCCGCCGCCUCGACCAACGACGGCCCGCGCGUCUGUGGCCUCCCCAACCUGUCCUUCCGCUGCCGCCCCAAGAAUACAUGUCCUCGCCUCUCCAUGGACACACACACCACCGGCGGUGGCAGCAGCAGCAGCAGCAGCAGCAACAGCAGCUUUCAUGACUAUCCAUCUAGCACGAGAACCUCGGAGAGCCGCGACUCGUCCUGCACCAGCCACGACUUUGACACCUCGUACCAUCGGUUCAGCCGCACCGCUCACAUGGGCAUCCUGGAUCCGAGCUACAAGCGCUUCGUCAGCCAGCACGGCCACGGUUCGCUCGUGUACAAGGCUAGGAGCGGUGCGGCCGUCGUUGCCGGCGACCCCCUCUGCGCGCCGGACCAGGUCGAGUCGCUGCUGGACGAGUUUCGACGGUUCCGUGGCGACCGGCGCCUCCGAGUCGUAUACGUCGGCGCCAGCGCAGCCUUUGCCGAGCGUUCGCAGCGCGAGGGCUGUGUGACGAUGCACUUUGGCCGCGAGCGCGUGCUGAACCCGCUCACGAACCCGCUGCUCAAGAACAAGGCCGGCAAGCGAACCAUCAGCCAGUGCCGGCAGCUGCUCGACGCCGCGCGCGGCGGCGUCUCUGUGGGCAUCUACGCGCCCGGCGUCAACGGCUACGAUCCGGAGCUGGAGCUGGAGCUGCAGGCAGUCUACGAUGGCUGGCGUGCGCAGCGUGACUCGUCCCGGCCGACCAGCGCGCAGGCCUUCAUCACCCGGUACGACCUCUUCUCGCGACCGGACGUCACCAUGUUCCUAUACACGUGCGACCGCGACGGCCGUGCCAACGGCAUCGCCGGCCUGCGAUACCUCGGCGCCAACAACGGGUUCCAACUGGACCCCUGCGUCGCCUCCGACGAUGCGCCCCGCGGCAUCACCGACCUCCUCGUUGUCUCCGCGAUGCAGCUGCUGCGCAACAGCGGGGUCUCGUACCUCAGCCUGGGCUUCGAGCCGUACGGGGAGCUCAAGGACGUCACCGGCCGCGACGGCUGGCUCGCAAAGCUGACGCGCGAUGGCUACCGUCGCGUCAUGGGGUCGAUCAAGGCGUCGGGGAAGCAGACGCACAACGACAAGCUGCGGCCAGACGAGGACCAAGAAUCCGGGCUAUACAUCAUCCUACCGCGAGGGCUACUGCAUUUGCGAGAAAUCAGCGCUCUGAUCAAAGUGACGAAUGUGGAUGUCACAAGCCUGUUUUCGCGAAAAGAGGUGUAA